UUGUCGAAAGCAUUUUACUCUCGUUCGCGCAUUUUGUAAACACUGUUAUAGCCAAGUGGUGUGUCACAUUCGAAAUUUGAAACAAAGCAGGUUGAUCAGUUUACGAAACGAUGGAGAAAGGUGUGGACGAAAUUGGCCGCAAUGGUCAUGUCGUUGAGGUCGUUGAUCAGGAACCAACGAACGGAACCUCUCAUACACACGAAGAUGAAGGAGACGCACAGGGAACUGGCAGCCCUUCAUAUGGGGAAGCAAUUGCUAAAAUGCCAGUGCCAAAGUACGCUCUGUACUAUAAAAUGGAUCAUCCGCAAAAAAGUAUCGCGUACAUUUUCAACCACGAAAAUUUCGAAAUUAACGGGUUGAAGAAACGGAAUGGAACCAACAAAGAUAGUACUGACUUAAAAGAAGUCUUUACUAAACUCAACUUUGAUGUUCAUGAAUUUAAGGAUUUGAGAAAGGGAGAUGUUAUGCAGAACAUAGAACAACUUUCGAAAAUGGAUCAUUCCAAAAGAGACUGUGUAGUAGUGUGCGUAUUGUCUCAUGGGGAAAUGGGAGUAAUUUAUGCAAGAGAUAGUUACUAUAAACCUGAGAGUUUAUGGUCUAAUUUCACUGGAGAUAAAUGUCCAACCUUAGCUGGCAAACCUAAGAUAUUCUUCAUUCAGGCCUGCCAAGGUGAUAAGUUGGAUGGUGGUGUUCACAUGAUCAGAUCUACGGAAACCGACGGAGAUUACCAUCAGUCAUACAAAUUGCCUUUGCAAGCCGAUUUUCUGAUGAUGUUUUCAACAGUGAAAGGUUACUUUUCUUGGCGAAACACUACACACGGUUCCUGGUUUAUUCAAGCUCUCUGCAAUGAACUUAAGGCGAGAGCAGAUAAGGAAGAUUUACUGAGAAUUCUCACGUUUGUCUCGCAAAAGGUCGCCGUAGACUUCGAGAGCAACACACCUGAUCACAGAGCCAUGCAUCAACAGAAACAAAUCCCCUGCAUCAUUAGUAUGCUCACUAGACUGAUCCAGUUUAGGUCAAUUCGAUCGGAUACAGAGGGUAAUAUUCUAUCACCAGAAACAGAACCCAAAAAUAAAUUCACUGCCCUUUUUAGUAGUAAAGGUAGUCUAAUGAAAAAUUGAUUUUACAGUUAUAGUUCAAUAGAUAAAUAAGUGUUUCCUUGUAGAUUCUACACUAUAUUUUUAAGCAUAUUUUUAUAUACAUUUAUAUAUAUACACUAUAUGGUAUUUUUAAUGUGCCAUUUUUUAUAUCAUCUUAUUCAGUAUUUUUAAUUAGCUUAAAUUAUGUUUGUAAAUGUAUUUCUAGAAAUAUAUUUCAUAUUGUUUGCUCAGUGUAA